AUGGAUGCCCGUGUCGAUUCAAGGGCCGCUUCGGUCGAGGAGAACGACAGUACCGACAUCAACGCUCCGCUCAAGGCCGCCCCGAAACUGGUUGCGCCCGAACCUGAACACUGUCCCGGUCCCGAAUCGCAGAGUGCAGGCAAAGGUGAUGCCUGCGCCGGCUGUCCGAACCAGCAGAUUUGCGCCACCGCCCCCAAAGGCCCCGAUCCCGAUAUCCCUCUCAUCACCGCCCGUCUCGCCUCUGUCAAGCACAAGAUUCUCGUCCUCAGCGGUAAAGGUGGUGUCGGCAAAUCUACCUUCACAACUAUGCUAGGACAUGCAUUUGCUGCAAACCCUGACGCCCAAGUUGGAAUUAUGGACACCGACAUUUGUGGUCCCAGUAUACCCAAGAUGAUGGGCGUAGAGCAAGAGACGAUUCAUGUGAGCAACGCUGGAUGGAGCCCGGUCUGGGUUACCGAAAACUUGGGAGUUAUGAGUGUCCAAUUCAUGCUGCCAAACCGCGACGACGCUGUCAUCUGGCGCGGUCCCAAGAAGAACGGCCUCAUCAAACAGUUCCUCAAGGAUGUAGAGUGGGGCGAGUUGGACUACCUCGUUGUUGACACCCCUCCUGGUACUAGUGAUGAGCAUCUCAGUGUCAACAGCUUCCUCAAAGAGUCUGGUGUCGACGGUGCUGUUGUUGUCACAACUCCGCAAGAAGUCAGUCUCCUGGAUGUACGAAAGGAAAUCGACUUCUGCCGCAAGGCUGGAAUCAAGGUGCUCGGCAUUGUGGAGAACAUGUCAGGCUUUGUCUGUCCCAAGUGCACCCACGAGAGCCAGAUCUUCAAGGCUACUACCGGUGGUGCUAGAGGCUUGGCUAAGGACAUGUCCAUUCCCUUCCUCGGUGCAGUCCCUCUUGACCCUCGCAUUGGUAUGGCUUGCGACUUUGGCGAGAGCUUCUUUGACAACUUCCCCGACAGUCCAGCAUGCAAUGCUCUUCGUCACGUCGUUCGCAGAGUUGGCGAGGAGAUGGGCGUCGACACUUCGUACAACGAGGACUGA